ACAACACAUAUCGUCAUACUCCAGCUGCUCUGGAUGGCCUCAAAUGUGGUCGCGAUCACAAGGGUGGUCUGGAACUAACCGCCGUCGGGCGGCCACAGCCUGUCGAUCAGCGCACUGCCACCAGAUAUCAAACGGCAGCCUGCGCUUGCCUUUGUUGCGCCGGCGUUGUCCCAGGCAGUCUGGAGGAAGGUAAUGCGUCUGGGGAACGUUGGAAGCCCUGAAACCGGCGACGUUAUCGCGUCUUUCCUUUGCUUUGUCCCCGCGGGCUGUAUAGGCCGAGAGCCUCACCGACUAACUGUGUGGACCGAUCCCAUCCGUAGCGAGAUCGCAUGGAGCCAAAAAUGCGCACAACGUCUUUCGAAAUGGUCCGCGACCGGGAUCCCUUCUGAAACGUGUUUGCGCAAAGUGCGGGAGACAUGCUGUUCAGACUUCUUAAUCGACCCCUCAUCACUUAGAGUGGUUGUCCGAGCUUCACGCCACGGAUUUGGGAAGUCGCAUGCCGCGCUACAUAUGUACCCUCGCCAUGAUCCGCUCGCGCACAUGCAGGGUCGGAAUCUGAGAAGCAAGAUAACAAACGGCGAUAAUCCGGUCAAAGCAUGGCUUCCACACCACAGCGGGUGUGUAGACUAUCCGCGGCUCGAUUCCUGGGCCUUGCGCUACCAUCGUCAUGAAAGUGUGGGUCCGAGAUCAUCAGACGAUUGCGGGAGCACAUGUAGACAUAAUUCCUUGGUCGCGUAAUUCAUAAGUAGCACGAGCCUCUAGGGAAUCCUGUGGCGACUCAUUCAGGGACGGUUGUCUGCAAAGGGGAACUACGGAAGCAGGCGUGUGGCAUUGAGUGUCACACGGAGAUCUCUCCAAUAGACGCCCGGCACCAGUUGCCAACGAAUCCACAGCGCUUCACCCACUUUCGGGACCGGAAGCUUCCUUAGCACUCUGACUAGAAUUCUGUGUGAAGGCGACCCG